CGUUUGCAAUAAAGCACGUUUAAAAGCAAUGUGGGGCAAAAAAGAAGAAAGCAAGAAGGUGUUCGUGGUUGCUGAGAUCGGGCAAAACCAUCAAGGAUCGCUCGAGAUUGCUAAGCAGAUGAUACGGAAAGCAAAGGAUUGCGGCGCAGACUGUGUAAAGUUCCAGCGAUCAAAUUUAGAGGCAAAAUUUACUGCGGCUGCUCUAGCUCGUCCUUACGAAGGUAGCAAUUCUUGGGGCAAAACGUACGGUCAGCAUAAGGCAUUUCUAGAGUUCUCCAUCGAUGAUUAUCGAGAGCUGCAACGGUUUGCCAACGACGAUGUUGGUAUUCUGUUCACCGCUUCCGCCAUGGACAUGGUUUCUUUCCGGGAGCUCGAAGAACAGUUGAUGGUGCCAUUUAUUAAAAUUGGUUCUGGUGAUGCCAACAACGUUCCGCUGCUGCGAUAUGCUGCCGCCCGAUCAGUUCCACUGAUCAUUUCAACCGGAAUGCAGAAUUGGGAAGAGAUUUGUAAGAUUCGCGACAUAUUUCUCGAAAGAAGCGAUGUGGCCUUGCUACACUGCGUUUCGGCAUAUCCAACACCACCGGAGGACACUAUGUUGCAAUUGAUCCCGCUCUAUCGCCAACACUUUCCCAAGCUGACUAUAGGAUACUCGGGGCACGAGCUGGGUAUUCAGCUAACCGUCGCUAGCGUGGCCCUGGGAGCGCAAAUCGUCGAGCGACACUUUACGCUCGAUAAAACAUGGAAAGGAACGGACCAUCAGGCUUCGCUCGAUCCGGAGGAGUUCCACCGUAUGGUGAAGGGCAUCAGGAUGAUCGAAGAGCAGCCUGUUGCUGCUUUACCUAUCGACGAGUUGAUAGCCCACGUGUUAGAUUCCGAUAAUUACGAUGAGGCAGAGUUGAAACUGGCACUUCGGGAGAUCACUGUCGAUGAUAGGAAGUUGCUAUGGUCAGAAGAAGCGUGCUCCACCAAGCUGGGGAAAUCGUUGGUAUAUUCCAACAGCCUCGCUGUUGGCCAUACAUUACGUGGAAAGGAUCUUGAUGUAAAAGUAAGUCAGCCCCAAGGGCUAUCGCCAUGGCAUUAUGAUUCCGUAAUAGGAUCGACACUCCGUCAAGCCGUUACAGCAGACGAUCCAGUCCUAGAACAACAUUUCUAACAAGCAAAAUACAGCUUCUUUACAUCCUCGUUUUUUUAUUUA